AUGACUGCCUCAACAUUACAUUGUUCCAUUCAGAACAUAGUGGCAACUCCGCUACAUGCUGUUGCCGAGUCGAACAUUGCUCUUGCCCAUGUGAACUUUGACUUCUCACUGGUCAAAGUCGAGGCGCCUGCCGAACUUCAACCCGUGGGAAGACAGCUUUCUCAAGCCCGGCGACAGUCUGCGGAAGACGGUUCAUUUCACAUUCUGGCUCGGCGCCUAGGUGUGCUAUUUGAUGAUGUUCUGCCGGAGGUACCACUAUUAUUGGAGGCGUAUGGGACUCGUGCUAGUGAAAUAGCCCAAGAGACUUCCCAGAAAUUACACCAACCGAGAAACAUCGUGGAUGGGUUCUUUGGAACUCAUCUAGGCAUUGAUAGCACGACAAUAUGGGCUAGUGCAACUAGUGGCAGGUCGGUACUUCGCAUUCAUCUUCUCGCAUGUUUUUUGGCCCGCAUCUGGACUCAUCAGGAAGCAACGGGGGUUUGGAAAGAUAUUGUAGAACAUCGUCAGGCAAUGAUUAGAAGACAAGCUCAAUCAUCUGAAAUCAUGGAUAACUACUUGGCGCAAUUAGCUGCCGCCCAUGAAAUCGAUGAAGCGCUACUAGCAAGCUGGGAUUCCAGUGCUCGAGCCUGGUUACAAAUUGCAGACCAAGCGAAGAAAAAAGAGCAGAUCCAGGUGCAGUUAAUUGUCAACAACCGUUCAGUGGCAGUAAAGGACCAAGAAACUUCCGAUGACCAGCCAUCUCCGAAGCCAAACAGCUAUGACAGUGUUAUGUCUAACUUUAACCGCGCCUUGACUGCGAUGGAAAGCUUGAUCAAGGGGGAGCCCCAAAGAAUAACAGACGCGGGAAUCAUGCUCGGCUUAACCUCGUGGCAUCUCUACCCGGAUUUGAAAGAUCGACUGGUGAAGGAAGGUGGAAUCAUCACUAUUGCAAUCGCUCCCGAAACUGGCCCGCGUGCAGAUGGAGUAUAUUGGUCUUUGCCACUGGCGAGUCUUCGUUACUACGGCACUGUUAGACGAGAACGAUCGACUCUGCAUGACUCCAGAAUCUCAGUGGAGCAACUACAGGCCUUAGCACUUGGUGCUUCUUUGGGCUCCUAUGAUAAUGCAGUUUCUGCUGCAACAUUCAUAGGGUCACUCUGGAGGCUCUUUCAUUAUAUAUACCAACUCAAAUUGCAUCAGAUCGCCGAGAAACCACUGGAGCUUCCCGAGGACUUAUCACGGUAUAGUGUGGUUGACCUUAUCGACGAUCGGGAGUCGCUUAGGUCAAUCAUGAAACUGCUACAACUGAUGUUCCCCCUCAGAGAUGGCAUCGAAUUGCUGCUCUCGGAUGACUCUGGAGAGAGACAGAUCGCAAUGCAACUCUUGCGAUACGGCACCAACUAUGGAAGAUCCUGGCUUGGAAACGAUGCAAGCUCAUUGUCGGUGUUCCUUUGUCUAACCAAUCUGCAACCCCUGCUCGGAAUGAUUCGAUACUCUGGUGAACGAAUCAAUUUUCUUCGCACGCUAUGCUCCAAGUAUCAGCUCAACCCGUCUGAAUAUGUGAUUCGCUUCCGAACUCGGCACAACUCGUGGGCAUUCUCGCCUAUAUCACACAACCAUCCCGUAGGUGUUCAUGGUGGCAUGAAAAGGAAGCGGGAUGAAUAUGAGGCAUCAGAUGCAGACAUUAUUGAGUGCGUUGAAGUCCCACCAGGAGAGGACUGGAUUUGCAUUGCUACGCCAGCGACAUCGAGGGAACAUGCUGUUCCAACCAACGCACCUGUUGCCUUCGAGGACAUAUUUGCAGAGCUUAUGGAAGACAAUCCGCAGACCAGAGAAUCCGUUCUAUUUGACUUUGUGUUCGGGGAUCAUAACCUCGCAGCCGUUUACAGAAGGCGAACCAUCCAGUCACCACCAAGUAAUAAGCCACUUCCGAACACAGUUCCACUGUCAAUGGUCCAAGAUCUGCUUGAUAGAAAUGCUUUGAUGCCCGAGAAGGUGGCCGAAUACAUAUUGGACCGGUUCGGGUCGACACAAGCUCUUCAUGAGAACUCACUUCUCGCUCUUGGACGGGUAAUAGACUACUGCAAAUACUACUUGCCUCAGGCUACGGUAUCUAUGAGCGUCAUAAAGAGCCCUAUGACCUCGUGGAAAUGGGUCCCAUCAUUGUUGCACCCGCUUGAUCUAUCAGCCUCUCUCGCCACGCAGCAAGCUCGCGAAGGGUCUAUUCCUAGCUCCGUUUAUUUGAGUCUACUAUCUCGAGAACAUGCAUUUGCAGCUAUCCUCCAGUUUGAGUCCGGUACAAUCAGUCUGGAUACUCCAGACCUUGAAGCGGUGUUUGCAAUUUCCAGUGGCAACUCCCUUUUCAUUGCCAAGCAACUGCUAUACGAUCCUACUCCAGCAGAUAGAAUCGCGCCCUAUGCCGUUUCUCAUGCCAUCGGAAACGUGGGGAAACCGGGUAUUGCUCUCCUUGUUUCCCCGCCCGAGCUGGAGAUACGAGAACACACGCUUGAGCGGUGGCGCCUUGUCAACCAUCAUCCAUUUGAUGGAAACCCAGUGGGUGGAAGGUUUGACGGUACAUCGUUGCAUUUGUCAUUUACUGGAUGGGAUGGGCCUGUGAGCUUGGAUUCUACCAGCUACAGAACCAUGGAAGCCUACUAUCUUCAAACAACCAUCUCCGUCAAUGAUGGCGGGGAGUGGGUGGGAGAUGUGGAUAUCCUCAAAGGACUGACUGAUGUUCAGUUCCUAGCUUAUCCUUCUUUCUCAAGAGGAUUAUGCAAUCACGAUUGCAAUCACGAUUCUUUCUUCCAGACAGCCCUAUUAAAAUCGGCUGGAAUGGUAUCUAUUGAUUGUUGGGAGGAGAAUUCUAGAUCCCCCUGAAGGUGUUCUCGUGCUCCGUUCCACACCGGUAACAUCUAAUGACUCCAGGAAUUGGCAAUGGAUGGUCCGAUUAGCUGCAAUAAGCAUGGCAUCUUCCAAGGGAUACAAAUGCUUCUGUUUACCUCUAGAUAGAGACAUUUGCUGGACCUGUAUUGGACAGAUAGGUAUCGAC